AUGGCCACGAUUCCUGAGCGUCCCCGCGUCACAGACGCCAAGAAAGUAUGGGCCUCUAUCUUGACCAACACCGCAUACCUGCAGGGCAUUUUGACCCUUGAAUAUUCUCUGCGCAAACACGGCACGAAGUACCCGUUCAUUGUUCUCUAUACGGACUCGCUGCCGGAGGAAGCCCAUGCUGCCCUUGAUGCCCGCGGAAUACUCAAACAGCCCGUUCCCUACCUCAAGCCUGAAAUGACGACGAACUUGACCAACGAUAAACGUCUAUAUGACGCCUGGACCAAGUUGAUCGCCUUUGCGCUUUACGAAUAUGAUCACGUUGUUCUACUCGACUGCGACAUGAUGGCCCUGCACAAUAUGGAUGAGUUGAUGGAUGUUGAGUUGGAUCCGCCAGAGAUGGAGGGCAAGGGCAAUCGCGUGUUUGGUAGCACCCAUGCAUGCCUCUGCAACCCGCUCAAGAGAUCUCAUUACCCAGAGGAUUGGAUCCCAGCCAAUUGUGGAUGGACACUCCAGCAUGACACCCCAGAACUCGCCCAGACCACCCCUCCUCCAAUCGAGGCAAGCUUCGGUUUGUGCAACACCGGUAUCAUCGUGACCAGACCGGGCGAAGGUGUAUGGAAGAUCAUCACCGACAGUCUGGCUACUUCCAACACAUCCGACUGGAUCUUUGCCGACCAGUCUCUGCUUUCGGAGGUAUUCCAAGGCCGUUGGGCCCCGCUCCCAUACAUUUAUAACGCCUUGAAAACAAAGCGGUGGGAGGGUGUGCAUGACGCUAUCUGGAGAGAUGAUCGUGUCAAGAAUAUGCACUAUUUCCUUACUCCCAAGCCGUGGGAUGAGACGCCGCCUGUCCAUGCAGACCCAACCCAUGCAUGGUGGUGUGACCUUAACGCAGAAAGGAAGGAAGAUGACAAGGCUCGGGGCUUAACCGAUGGGUGCUAA